AUGUCAACACCUUCUCUCUCUACCCUCCCUGAGGAGCUUCAGGUUCAGAUCCUUGGAUAUAUGUACAAAUAUUCCCUGAUCGACCUUCGUCUCGUCAGUCAUACUUUCUGCCGCCUCAUCACACCAAUCAUCUUCCGCGCCAUUCGCGUCCGCGCUUAUAGAGAUGAGCCACAGCGCUUCACUGACAUCGCCAUGGCGGAACAUCUGAGAUGUCAUGUUCGAGAAGUCACUUGCGAUACGUGGAUAGGACGUUGUGACGGAUAUAAACGCCGGGAACACAUAGACAAGUUUCUCCGAGCUGUUCCUUUCAUCUCUAUGUUUCCUAGACUCGACACUCUCAACAUACGUCUAGAGUCUGAUGACUUUCAUAUCACACAUAAUACGCAAUCCCGACUUUUGGAGACCUUGUUUCGCAGUCUCGAGGGGACCUGGAACAUAGAUGAUUAUUUUCAAAGGGAUGCCAUGGCUGCGGCUCAGGCUGAGGCUACACUUCCUAUCAAGACCCUGACAAUCUCGAAUAUUUCUGAUAUCAGUGGCAUCGAAGAGCGUCCUGCCUUCUUGGCCGUCAUGAACUCGGGAGCUCUGAAGGACCUGCGCAUCAGCAUAGCUGACCUUGAUAACCUCAAAGCCCACCCUACAAAACAUGGUAUCAACCACGAUCUUCGCGAUACAGUGCUCACCCCUAGCAUCGCCAGCAAUCUCCAAGUCCUGUCCUUGUAUUCUUCAACGUUUUGGGGAUGGGCUCCCAACAAGGACUGCCACCUGAUCGGUGCCGACGAUCUGCGCAAUCUCAAGGUUCUCGCUUUGGGACACUUUGAGUUCACUGAUUGGUGGCAGGUUGAGUGGAUCGGAUCCCUUGGCAUGGAGAGGCUUUAUCUCGAUGACUGCACAGUUCUGCACUCGGAAUGGAAUCGGGCUACGGUUGAGGUCUCUCAAGAGGAGGCCCAGCGGAUAAGGAAUCAUGCCUGGCGUGAGGACUCAACUUACCAUACACAUACCCGCUGGUACCACAUCUUUAAGCACUGGGCAAAUACCAUGCCCAACCUCCGCGUCUUCAAAAUUGGACAAGGCUGGGGUUUAGACUCCGGCAGUGCUUGGAAAGCAAUAGACCCGACCUAUGAGGGGGACUUUUACGAACACGUCGAAGAAGACCACGAGGCUAUUUUCCAGCCCUUCCAUGACACCAGCCACCAGCACUUUGAGUGUCCCUUGCCCUGUACCACGGGCACUGGUAUUCGACGGUAUGGAUCUGAAGCCAUUUGGGAUUAUGGUACCGUCUUCCAGUACAUCGAAUAUGUUGAAGGUAGAGGCUAUACCUACACUGAUAGCCCUGGUGAUGGGAAGGAGUUUAUGAAUGUUAGUUCCUGGGAGAAGGAGAAUGAUAGGAAGGCGUUUGAAGAGUUUUUGACGGUUGUCGAGACCAGACGAAAAGAGUUCGUUGGUGAGGAGUAG